CUGUGUUCAAGCUCAGGCAGAGAUCAGCUCUGCAUACCCACAGGCACUUCAAGACCUGGAGGCCACUCCUGGGAUCCAAGGCCCCUCCCCCUGCCCUCCCGUGUCCUCACCUUGACCCCCUCUGCCAGACUCUGUCUCCCUCUGGGUGUCCCACUCCCCACCCAGAGGCAGAGGAGGCGGGGUGGCAGGGGGCAGGGGCUGGUUGAGGGCCGCCCAGGGCCAGGGUGGGCUGGGGGGCCGUUAAGAUGUGGAGCUCUGCCCAGCCGUGGGGGGCUCCGUGGAGGCAGACGCAGCCUGUGCCCAGCUGGGGGGAGUAUGGGCAGGCCUGCGGCCACGUGGUAAACGAUGAACAUUCGGGGCGCCCCGGACCUCGGGCAGCCCAGUGACGACCCCAGCAGUGGUGGUGAGCGGGAGCGGAUUCGACAGCGCAUGAAGAUGGUCAUCGGGCAGCUUGAGGGCAUCCUUCGCGAGCUCAAGGAGGUGGCCAAGGAGCUGAGGGAGGUGGUGAGCCAGAUCGAUAAGCUAACCUCGGACUUCGACUUUGAACUGGAGCCGGACGACUGGACCACGGCCACUGUGAGCAGCACCUCUAGCAGUGACAAGGCGGGCGUGGGUGGCCCCUUUGACCUGGGCCACCUGGACUUCAUGACAGCCGAUAUCCUCUCAGACAGCUGGGAGUUCUGCUCCUUCCUGGACGUCUCUACCCCCUCGGACUCCGUGGACGGUCCUGAGUCGACUCGGCCAGGGGCUGGCCCUGACUACCGCCUCAUGAAUGGUGGCACGCCCAUCCCCAAUGGGCCACGAGUGGAGACCCCAGACUCCUCCAGCGAGGAGGCCUUCGGUGCUGGCCCCGCAGUGAAGAGCCAGCUGCCCCAGCGGACCCCAGGGACGCGAGAGAGGGUGCGGUUCAGUGACAAAGUGCUCUACCACGCUCUGUGCUGUGACGAUGAGGAGGGGGAUGGCGAGCAGGAGGCGGAGGAGGAGGAGGUGGGCUUGCCCCCGGAGCCUGCCCAUACAGAGGCCCACGCAGGCCUCCACAAGCCCUCCCCAGCCCCCUACAAGUCACGGCGCUCUCCACUGACCAGCCGCCGCUCAGGCUCUACCUUGGCCCCUGAACAGACUCGAAGGGUCACGAGGAACAGCAGCACCCAGACAGUGUCAGACAAGAGCACACAGACGGUGCUGCCUUAUACAGCCACUAGACAGAAAGCCAGGGGGAAAAACUAGGGGCUGGGGAGGGGGCCAGGGCGGUGGGCACAUAGAGCUAUAAAUAUAUAUAUAUAUAUUUAAACAAAUGAAGUCAUAAUAAAAUUUAAAAAUGCUAA